UGAGCUCAGUUCAUUAGUGGUGCUCAACCUAACUUGAACUGAAUUUAUUUCAUGAAACUCGACCAGACACAUGUGCGACAUACAGAAGUGAAAAAGAGCGACAAGGAAGAAAAAUAGAGGAGAAUGUUGUUUAGAGCUGAAUCACCCUAGAUCUGUCUUCUACUGGUCUAAUGGAGUCCAUCAUGCCAGGGCAAACUGGGCAUUGAUGGCCUUUCACACUGCUGAAACUUGAACAAAUUCUAGGAGGUUAAAGAUUCAUCUAAUCUGAAAACCGGAAUGGAUACUGAGAGUUUAGAGGAGCGUUGCCAGCGGAUUCUUCAGGACAUGGAGGGCUCUCUCACAGCCCGGGACAGGGUGGGAAUUCAGGACUUUGUGCUGUUGGAUGCCUACACCAGCGAGACUGCGUUCAUGGACAACCUCAGAAAACGCUUCAAUGAGAACCUUAUAUAUACCUACAUUGGCACCCUACUGGUAUCAGUUAAUCCAUAUAAGGAGUUGGGUAUCUAUACCAAGAAACAAAUGGACAUUUACAUGGGAGUCAACUUUUUUGAGCUGCCUCCUCAUAUAUUUGCACUUGCUGAUAAUGUUUACCGGACCAUGAUUAGUGAAACAAACAACCACUUCAUCCUUAUCUCUGGUGAAAGCGGCUCAGGCAAGACUGAGGCCUCUAAGAAAGUACUGCAGUUCUAUGCAGAGAGCUGCCCCAGCACUAGACAACUAGACAACGUGAGAGAUCGUCUCCUUCUUUCCAAUCCGGUUCUGGAGGCUUUUGGAAACGCCAAAACCCUGAAAAAUGACAACUCAAGUCGUUUCGGAAAAUAUAUGGACAUACAGUUUGACUAUCAGGGAGCUGCAAUUGGUGGCCACAUCUUAGACUAUUUACUCGAGAAGUCAAGAGUAGUCCACCAAAAUCAUGGAGAGAGGAACUUCCACAUCUUUUAUCAGUUGGUUGAUGGAGGGGACGAUGAGCUUCUUCGCUGGCUUGGGUUGGAGCGAAACUGUCAAAAUUAUCGCUAUCUGAUUCAGGGCGAAUGUGCCAAAGUGAGUUCCAUCAAUGACAAGAGUAACUGGAAAACGGUGCAGAAAGCUCUUUCCAUCACUGAAUUUAGUGAGAAGGAUAUAGAGAACCUGUUUGCGAUCAUUGCCAGUGUCCUUCAUCUUGGCAAUGUUCAUUUUGAGGCCAGUACCAUGGGUUAUGCCACAAUAAACAGCAGAGCGGAAAUACACUGGUUGUCAAAGUUAUUGGGCAUCCCUUCAAACAUGUUACAAGAGGGUUUAACUCACAGGAAGAUUGAAGCCAAAGCAGAGGAGGUUCUAAGCCCCUUCACUGUUGAACAUGCAAAAUUUGCCAGGGAUGCUCUAGCCAAGGCCAUCUAUGGCCGCACAUUCACAUGGCUUGUUAAUAAGAUUAAUGAAUCACUGGUAAACAAGGAUUCAACCAGAAAGACGGUGAUUGGACUGCUUGACAUCUAUGGAUUUGAAGUAUUUGAUGUGAACAGUUUUGAACAGUUCUGCAUAAACUACUGCAAUGAAAAGCUUCAGCAGCUUUUCAUUCAGCUCACCCUCAAAUCAGAGCAGGAGGAGUAUGAGAUGGAGGGAAUUGAGUGGGAGGCGGUGCCAUACUUCAACAACAAGAUCAUCUGUGACCUGGUGGAGGAGAAACAUAGAGGCAUCAUAUCAAUACUGGACGAAGAAUGCCUGCGUCCUGGAGAGGCCACAGAUUUUACAUUUCUGGUGAAACUGGAGGAGAAGAUGUGUGGUCAUCCCCAUAUUGUCACGCACAAAUUGGCUGACCAAAAAACACGCAAGACCUUGGAGCGAGGGGAUUUUCGUCUUCUACACUAUGCUGGAGAGGUCACUUACUCUGUCAUUGGAUUUCUUGACAAAAAUAAUGAUCUGCUGUACAGAAACAUUAAAGAGGUUAUGCGGCAAUCUAAGAACACCAUUAUCCAGCACUGCUUUCCUGCUAUAGAACCCGAUGGCAAGAAAAGACCUGAGACGGUGGCCACCCAGUUUAAAAGCAGCCUUGCAGGCCUCACUGAAAUCCUCAUGUCCAAGGAGCCAUGGUAUGUACGGUGCCUGAAACCCAAUCAUUGCAAGCAGCCAGGUCACUUCGAUGAUGUCAUGGUGAGACAUCAAGUCAAGUACCUGGGGUUAAUGGAGCACCUGAGAGUCCGACGUGCUGGAUUUGCUUAUAGGAGAAGAUACGAAGUCUUUCUGAAAAGAUAUAAGGCUCUAUGUCCGGACACAUGGCCACACUGGAAGGGAACACCAGCAGAGGGAGUUCAGCGGCUAAUCAAACAUCUUGGCUACAAACCAAACGAGUACAAGAUGGGAAGGACCAAAAUCUUCAUUCGCCAUCCCAGGACUCUUUUUGCCACUGAGGAUGCAUUUGAAGUCUGCAAGCAUGAACUGGCCACAAGAAUUCAGGCAAAAUACAAAGGCUAUAGGGUGAAAGUAGGCUACCUGAGGCAAAAAGAAGCAGCUACCAAGAUUGAGACAUGUUGGCGGGGCCUUCAAGCUAGAAAAGAGAGGGAAAGAAGAGCCUGGGCUGUGAAAGUCAUCAAGAAGUUUAUUAAGGGCUUCAUGAACAGAAAUCAGCCUGUGAGCAUGGACAACUCUGAAUAUCUGGCCUUUGUCCGACAGAGCUACCUCACUCGACUCAAAGAGUAUCUGCCAAAAUCAGUUUUAGACAAAACCACCUGGCUGACUGCUCCACCCAUAAUGCAAGAGGCCUCGGUGCUGUUGCGAAAGUUGAACACACGUCUGCUUGUACGGAAGUGUGUUCAAGGGAUCAGUGCACAGCGGAAGGCACAGAUGCAAAUCAAAGCACUGACCAGUGACCUAUUCAAAGGCAGAAAAGAGAACUACCCUCAGAGUGUAUGCCAACCCUUUGCUGACACCAGGAUAAGUGAACAGGAUAUCAACAUCAAAGUCUUGCAGCUGAUUUGUCCUGAGGGCAUUAAGUACAGUGUUCCAGUGAUUAAGUAUGACAGGAAUGGCUUUCAGCCACGCUUCAGGCAGCUGAUCUUCACUCAAGCUGCUGCAUAUCUGGUGGAGGAAGCCAAAAUCAAACAGAGGGUGAAUUACAGCUCACUAAAAGGGGUGUCCGUCAGCAAUUUAAGUGACAACUUCCUAAUACUACAUGUCACAUGUGAUGACACAAAGCAAAAAGGGGACCUAGUCCUGCAGUGCAACUACCUUUUUGAGGCAUUGACCAAAAUGUGUGUUGUGACAGAACACCACAGUCUUGUCAAAGUUGUCCAAGGGAGUGUGAGGUUUGACAUCCAGCCAGGCAAAGAGGGGUUUGUUGAUUUUAAGAGCAGCAGUGAAUACAUGGUCUACAGAGCCAAGAAUGGACACUUGAUGGUGGAAUCAGCACGGACAAAAUCUCGAUGACAUUGGAAUUCAGGGUUAAAUUUAACAAUCCUCUCCAGACUCAACCAUGGCCCAUUUAAUACACUUCAGUCAGGUUUAGUGGAGCUACACAAUUUUUUAUGAUACUCCUAGAUGAACAUACACUGAGUAUUAAAUUUGAAUCCAUUCUCCAUUGCACCAACAAGUCAUUAUAUAUCACUAUAAUAUAUUCAUCAAGAGGAAAGGGAAACAACCCCAACUGGGGAGUUAAAACAACUUUUUUAUUAUUAUUAAUAUUAUUAUUAUUAUUAUUAUA